AUGCCGAGGACCGAGCUGCCAGCGAUCCUGCCCGCGUCGGGCCGGCUCGGCGCCUUUGUUUUCAGUGGUCGUGUCAUCGGCGCAGGCGCCUGCGCGAAGAUCUACCACGCAACGCACGAGCCGAGCGGGCGGGACGUGGCCGUCAAGGUGCUCGACCGGCGGUGGAUUGGCGGGGCGCUUCCACUCGAGGUCCGCGUCCACCAAGCCGUCACCGCGUCGGGCCACCCGCACCUCGUCCGCUUCCUCGCGCACUCGCGCGUGCGAGACCCCGAAGGGGACGUCCACUGCCUCGUGAUGGAGGCUUGCCACGGCGGCGACGUCUUCUCCCUCCUCGAGGCGGUCGGCCCGCUGCCCGAGGAGCACAGCCUCCACAUCUUUGCGGGCGCCGUCUCUGGCGUGAUGCACAUGCACUCCCUCGGCGUGGCGCACCGCGACCUCAAGCCAGAGAACCUGCUGCUCGACGCGAGCGGCGCGUGCCGGAUCUGCGACUUCGGGCUGAGCCACGUUGCGCGGCUGACGCAGGUGGGGGGCAGCGGCGUCCUCGACUCGCGCGCGCGCGACGCGUGCGGCACCGCCUCGUAUGCGCCGCCUGAGGUCUUCCUCGCCGCCGACAGCGCGCGGAACGACCCCGACGUCGCCGACGUCUUAUCUCCCCUCCCAUGCAUACUCUUCUCCGGACUCUUGCUUAGGUACGACCCGUUCGUCGCCGACGUCUGGUCGCUCGCGGUGACGCUCUUUGCGAUGGCGCUCGGCUUCAUGCCCGUCGAGGUGGCCAGGGCGUCCGACUCGCGCUUCGCCCGCCUCGCCGCCGCGCAGCGAGCCGGCGCCUCCGGCGUGGCGGCGUUGCUCGGCCUGCUGCUCGAGCUGCUCGACGGGAUGCUGCACGUCCACCCGCCGUGCCGCUGGCCGAUGCAGGCGGUGGCCACGUGCGCGUGGCUGCGCGAGGGGCUCGCGGCGACCCGGGGAGGCCUGGGGGGGGGCGCGACGGUGGUGGCGCGGAUGUCGGCCGAGUCAGCGGAGGGCAGCGAGCCAGCGGGAGGGAGGGAGGGCGCGGACGCGGCGGACACCACGGGCAGGGCGGACGAGGCCGCGACGGCCUUUGCGGACCUCAAGAUCCGGAGAGUCGUGACUGGGUAG